CGGCAUGGAGGGGGGCGCCGGGCCCCCCGGGGGGCCCGGGGCCGAGAGCCCCAACCGGGCCGUGGAGUACCUGCUGGAGCUCAACAACAUCAUCGAGAGCCAGCAGCAGCUGCUGGAGAGCCAGCGGCGGCGGAUCGAGGAGCUGGAGGGUCAGCUGGACCAGCUGAGCCAGGAGAACCGGGACCUCCGGCAGGAGAGUCAGAUGCACCGGGGGGACCUCCACGCCCACCGGGAGCUGCCCCCGCUCCCCCGGGACAACCCCGGCCGAGAGCCCCCCGCCGGCGCGGCCCGGGAGAGCCAGUAUCAGAACCUGCGGGAGACCCAGUUCCACCACCGGGAGCUGCGGGAGAGUCAGUUUCACCAGGCCAACCGGGAGGGAGCCUACCAGGGCCGGGAGAGUGCCUACCAGAACCGGGAGAGUGCCUACCAGGGCCGCGACGGCGGCUACCAGAACCGGGAGGCCGUGUACCGGGAGCGGGACAGAGAGCGGGACGCGCACUAUCCCGGCCGGGACCCCGCCUACUCGGCCCGGGACCGCGAGGUGGGCCCGUGCCAGCUGCACCGGGAGAGCCAAGCCCAGAGCCGGGAGAGGAGCGGGCGGGAGGGACCCCCGGGCCACCCAACCCGGGAGAAGGAGUCCGCCUACCCCCCCGGAGCCCGGCUCCCCCGGGAGCGGGAGCGGGGCCAGAUGAGCCGGGGAGCCUCCAGGAGCUCCAGUCCCGGGGCCGGAGGGGGCCACAGCACCAGCACCAGCACCAGCCCGGCCACCACACUGCAGAGAAAGUCUGAUGGUGAGAAUUCCCGAACUGUCAGGUCCACAACGUCUCACACACUCCACCAGUAUUGCUGCCCUGCUCAGUCGCUCCUCUCCAUGCAGCUAGCCCCCCCAGCCAGGCACGCUGAGUGCAGCGUGGAGGGAGAUGCCCAGGGCAGCGACUUGGGCCCCGUGGGGGAUAGCCCAGGCAGCCAGCCCCCUUACCGCUGCAGCGAGCUGGGAAAGGGAGCUGACCCCUACGAGCUGCCGCCCCCCACCUCUCACAUGUCCGGCCCACCCACCGGUCUGCCCUGGGCCCAGCGGGCCCGCCUGCAACCUGCCAGUGUGGCGCUGCGCAAGCAGGAGGAGGAGGAGAUCAAGCGCUCCAAGGCCCUGUCCGACAGCUAUGAACUCUCCACAGACCUGCAGGACAAGAAGGUGGAGAUGCUGGAGCGGAAGUACGGGGGCUCAUUUCUCAGCCGCCGAGCAGCCCGCACCAUCCAGACCGCCUUCCGCCAGUACCGCAUGAACAAGAACUUUGAGCGGCUGCGCAGCUCGGCUUCAGAGAGCCGCAUGUCCCGCCGCAUCAUCCUGUCCAACAUGCGCAUGCAGUUCUCCUUCGAGGAGUACGAGAAGAGUCAGAACGCUGCGUACUUUGAGGGCAAGCCCGCCUCGCUGGACGAGAGUGCCAUGUCCGGGGCCCGCACCCACCGGCUGGAGCGGGGCCUCCCCUACGGUGGCUCUUGCAGCGGCAUUGAUGGGGGGAGCUCCAUCACCACCUCAGGAGAGUUCUCCAACGACAUCACCGAACUCGAGGACUCCUUUUCCAAGCAGGUGAAGUCCCUGGCCGAGUCUAUCGACGACGCCCUAAACUGCCACGCGCUGCAUGGGGACGAGAGCCGGGAAGGCCCGGGUCCUCUGGAGAAGAGCGAAUCCAAAGAACAGCACGAAGACAGUACGGCCACUUCCUUCAGCGACGUGACCCUCUACCUGGACGAGGGCGUCCCCCCAUCUCCCCUGUCCCUGGAGCGGCCCCCGAGCGCCGAACCGGCCGAGCCUCCCGGUCCCCCGCCCCGGCCCGAGUACUGGGCCCCGCCCCCGGCCCGGGAGGACAGCCGCGAGAACGGCAGCCGGAGGAGCACGCCCUGUAUGGAGUGCCGGGACUUCCGCCUCCGGGGGGCCCAUCUGCCCCUCCUCACCAUAGAACCCCCCAGCGACAGCUCGGUGGACCUGAGUGACCGCUCCGACCGGGGCUCCCUCAACCGGCAGCUGGUGUACGAACAGGACAACUGCAGCCCCCACGGGACCCUCAAACUGAAGGGUCCGCCUGCCCGACCCCCGCACCCACACCGUCACUACCACCCCCAGCAGGAGGUCCCCGCCCCUCCUCCCCCGGGCCCCCCGCCGGCCCCCGCCCCCGUCAACAGUGCCCCCGGGGCCGGCGGGGGGCCCGGGGGAGGAGGCGGGGGCCGGCUGCUCAAUAAGUGCGAGGCGGGCGAGAACUCGGACGGGGACAACGACAGCCUCAACAGCACCACCAACUCGAACGAGACCAUCAACUGCAGCUCGGGCUCCUCGUCUCGGGACAGCCUGCGGGAGCCCCCGGCCCCGCUCUGCAAGCAGACCUACCAGCGCGAGACCCGUCAUAGCUGGGACUCCCCGGCCUUCAACAAUGACGUGGUGCAGCGGCGCCAGUACCGCAUCGGCCUGAACCUCUUUAACAAGAAGCCAGAGAAGGGCAUCCAGUAUCUGAUCGAGCGGGGUUUCCUGUCAGACACACCCGUCGGGGUGGCCCACUUCAUCUUGGAGCGCAAGGGCUUGAGUCGCCAGAUGAUCGGAGAGUUCCUGGGAAACCGCCAGAAGCAGUUCAACCGCGACGUGCUCGACUGCGUGGUGGAUGAGAUGGACUUCUCCUCCAUGGACUUGGAUGAUGCCCUGCGUAAAUUCCAGGCACAUAUUCGGGUGCAGGGGGAGGCCCAGAAAGUGGAGCGACUCAUUGAGGCUUUCAGCCAGCGAUAUUGCGUGUGUAACCCUCCCCUGGUGCGCCAGUUCCGGAACCCAGACACCAUCUUCAUCCUGGCCUUCGCCAUCAUCCUGCUCAACACCGAUAUGUACAGCCCCAGCGUCAAGGCCGAGCGCAAGAUGAAGCUGGAUGACUUCAUCAAGAACUUGAGAGGAGUGGACAAUGGGGAAGACAUUCCCCGGGACCUCCUGGUGGGCAUCUACCAACGCAUCCAGGGCCGAGAGUUACGCACCAAUGACGACCACGUGUCCCAGGUGCAGGCUGUGGAGCGCAUGAUUGUGGGCAAGAAGCCGGUGCUGUCUUUGCCUCACCGGCGCCUGGUCUGCUGCUGCCAGCUCUACGAGGUCCCCGACCCCAACCGGCCCCAGCGCCUCGGCCUGCACCAGCGUGAGGUCUUCCUGUUCAAUGACCUCCUCGUGGUGACGAAGAUCUUCCAGAAGAAGAAAAUCCUGGUGACCUACAGCUUCCGUCAGUCCUUUCCACUUGUGGAAAUGCAGAUGCAGCUCUUCCAGAACUCCUAUUACCAGUUUGGCAUCAAGCUCCUGUCGGCCGUGCCAGGCGGGGAGCGGAAGGUUCUCAUCAUCUUCAACGCGCCCAGCCUCCAGGACCGGCUCCGCUUCACUUCCGACCUGCGCGAGUCCAUCGCCGAGGUGCAGGAGAUGGAGAAGUACCGUGUCGAGUCGGAGCUGGAGAAGCAGAAGGGGGUGAUGCGGCCCAACGCUUCGCAGCCGUCCGGCCCCAAGGACACGGUCAACGGGACACUGCCCCGCAGCAGCCUGGAGGACACCUACGGGCUGGGGGACGGGCUCAAGCGCAGCGCCCUGAGCAGUUCGCUGCGGGAUCUCUCGGACGCAGGGAAGCGGGGGCGGCGUAACAGCGUGGGAUCGCUGGACAGCACCAUCGAAGGGUCUAUUAUUAGCAGUCCCCGCCCCCACCAACGGAUGCCACCGCCUCCGCCACCUGAGGAGUACAAGAGCCAGCGGCCCGUCUCCAACUCCUCCUCCUUCCUGGGCUCCUUGUUUGGCAGCAAGCGCGGGAAGGGGCCCUUCCAGACGCCGCCCAGUCAGGCCUCGGCCUCCUCCUCCUCGGCCUCUUCUUCCCACCACCCCCACCACGCCCAUCCCCACCACCUCCACGGGCCCGGCCCGCUGGGGGACGGCCAGUCCAAAAUCCAGGCGCUGCACGCCCAGUACUGCCACGGCCAGGGGCCUGCCCCGCCCCCCUACCACCAGCCUCCGCUGCCUCCCCCGCCCCAGCAGCCCGCCCCCCUGCCCCAGCAGUCGGUCAUCCCCCCGCCCCCCGCCUCCGCGCCCCCCGUGGGGCCCCAUCGCUACCACGGGCAGGGCCCCCCGGGGCCCCAGCACUUCACGCUGGGGCGGGUGGGGCGGGCGGCCAAGCGCGGGGGGGCCGCCCCGGCCUCCUCCCACCCCCAGUUUGCUCUGCACGGGCGCCAUCCUCUCAAUCAGCCCACCUCCCCCCUGCCCCUGUACAGCCCCGCCCCCCAGCACGCCCUGAGCCAUACCUACCCUCAGCACCUCCACCAGGCCCCCGGCCCGCCCCCCGGGCACUCCGUACACAAGCAGGGGCCCAAGCACUUUAUCUUCAGCCACCACCCCCAACUGAUGCAGCAGCAGCACAGCGGGCACCCGGGGCAACGCCAGGUGGGCGGCCCUUACGCCGCCCACGCCCACUCGCACCCCCACCACCCCCAGUCCCCGCUCUCUCCCCACUCGCCCAUCCCCCCCCACCCUUCUUACCCGCCCUUGCCCCCGCCCUCGCCUCACACCCCCCUCACUCCUCACACCCCCCUCACUCCCCACUCUCCGGUGCCCCCGACCUCUCCUCACGCCCCGCACGCCCCUCUGCAUGGCGCGGGGCCGCCGGGACUGGCCAAUCCACCCACCGCCAACCCCAAGCCCAAACCGGUCAACAGAAUCAGUACCGUAGUCUGAGCGGCCCCCCGGGUCACCCUUUGACCUAUGGGAAGAAGACCUCUGACCUCUGAAAUUGUUCCUUUUCCAAAUAUACAUUCGGGGAUUUUAUAUAAAUAUAUAUAAUAUAUUUAUUUAUAUAAAAAUCUCUGAAUUUUAUACAUAUAGAUGUAUAUAUAUAAAAUCUCCCAGGACACACCGCUCGUCACGGCCUCGACCGUUGGGCCGGACGGUCGGGCGUGGCUAAACUCGGCCCCCACAGGGUUCCCGUUUCUCCCCCCUCCCCGCCCUACCCGACUUGCCCGCUGUCCUCUAUUCUAAGCCAGUUUGAGAUGAGGAGCAGUUUUUCCUGCCCCUUCUUCUCUCCUCUCCUCUGUGAAAUUUUACUCAGAUCCAGCCCAGGGUCCCCUCGUCCCCUUGAAGGUCUACAGGGCAGGGCGACCAGAGCCGAACGAGAUUCUUCAGGAGCAGACGGGGACACUUCGACACACUCGAUGGGAUGAGAAACUGGACGGAACACGUGGCUGGGCGGGAGCACGCCUUCAGCCCUCUGCCCUCUCUGCCCUUCUUUUCGGUGUUGCUUGACUCUACAACCAGCAGGGACCUCCUCUGCCCUCGCCCCACCCUCCGUGUUUGUCUGUUGGUUUGUUUUCUUCCCCCUCGGGGAGGCCCAAAACGUGGCGAUGCCGGGGAGUGGAGGAAGGGCCGGCUUCCAGCGUAGCUGCUGCGGAAGGCCGAGGGAAUCCGAGGGAGGGGAGGUGGUGUGUGCCCGAGGCCAGGUUGGGGUUCAGGGAGCAGCCGCCCCCGCCGUACCGUGACCUCCCCAGCCCUGAAAGCUGUGCAAGCCCCCUGAUUGUAAAUUUGGCUUAUCUCUGGGAAGUGGGGGAUAGGGCGUCUACUGUGUGAGAUGUAUCCUGCCCAGGAUACGUAAAUAAGUAUAUGCAGUAGAACGGGCACUCUCGGCAACCAUCUCAGGUUGGUUUAAAAAAAAAAAAAGGAUUUGUGUGGACGUGAAUGUGUACGCAUACAGACGCUCCCUCCCGCCCCCAGCACCCACCCACCCACUCACGCUUGGCCCCAGCCAGGACGGGGGACGGACGGACGGACACGCCGCUCUCCCUCACGCCCCACCUUCCAGCCCCCUUCUGGCCUAGCCAGCCUAGCGACGUACGUGCAUUUGUGCUUACGUUCAAAAGCCGCUUCCUCCAGCGGGUGGCGAGAACAAAUGGUCCAACCGCCUCCCCGCCGUUCCCUUUGCCUCCACUCAAUUCUCCUUUCCCACCAGCUGCUGCAGCCACAGGUUUGGGGAGACUGCCUUCGGGACUGGUUUCAGAAGUUGAUGCAAAGAAUGCCAGAAGUCCCUUUGACUUCUUCCUUUAUACCCCUUUCUUCCUCCCCUUCAUCCCUCUGUUCGGUUUCCUAGGAAGGAACAGCAGCCAUUGACUCUGGGCCUCGCCUCCUGAUCCCUCAAUACUUUCGGUGGGCAGGCCGGGAGCUGCCAUUUUGCACAUGGUCAGGAAGACAGUGGGGGGCAGGAAGUAGGAUAAGGGGUAGAGUUGGUAUUCUUCCUUUCCUGGAAGGGCUGAGGAAGCAGUGUGGGGCCAGGUUGUCCCUCAGCAAUUUUUUGCUAACACAUUAAGGGCUACCUGACUGAAGGAGGGGAGAGGGAGGAGGCUGGCCUUGCGAGGGCUGAAUUUGGAACUUGGUUUAACUGAAGCCCUUCUCUUCCUCUCCUUCAGCCGACCUCAGUGAGGCCCUUAGGGUUUAGGGGAUGGCCCGAUGACCCCUCCGUUGCCAUUCCCUCUUCUCGGGUGGCUUUCUCCCCUGCUCCCCACUGCGUGUGAGCCCCCGAGCAGGGAGAUGGAACCCCCUCCUAUGCCCAACGAGAGGGCCCCAUCAUCACCCCAACCCCAUUCUGUCCUAACCAAACGAAUGCCAAUGCACUUUAGACUCCCUGGGCAUACACUCCCCCCGCUCCGACCGGCCAUAUACCUCCCUCCCCCCCAACCAGGCUACACCCUCCCCCCCCCGCCCAACUUCUACACCUCUCCGUUUCUGCUCCCUGCAGGGGCCCCCACGUGACUGGGCAUUAGCUUUGCCCUGGGCAGCUGAGGCUAAGGAAGUCAAGAGGAAGGAGAUGAUGCAAGGAAGGGGUGAUCAUUUGGGGAAAGAGGGGUGGCAGGGGGAGUUUUGAAGGUGCCUGGUUGGGAUUUUGGAAGUGGAAUGUACUGAUGAGUGAAGAGCGAGGCGAGGCCCGAGUCCAUGGAAUCUGCUCCGGUGGUGGUGGGGGGUGUACCUUGGAAGUAAAAGCUGCCCUCCAAUACUUCCCCCACCCCAGGCCUGAGGUUUGCAAGGGUCCGGCUGGGCAGAGACUACAGAUGGCCCACCCUGCUCCAUUGAGGCUUCCUGUGCCGAGGAAAAGGCGACUGUGACCUGCCCUUGCCGGCUAGGCCUCCCGCCCCACCCCCUCCCGCCCCAACCCUCGGUUCACCUCCUCCCUUUUUAUUUAUUAUAAAUAUAUUUUUUACAGUCUGGGUCCUCCCCCCGACCCCUCUCUUGCUGCUUAUCCCCUUGCACCGUCCCCCAGCCUGAGCCAGGUCCCUCAGCCUUGCAUGUCCACCACCUCGUGGUUGCUGUACAGACCCUGGCUGUAUAUAGUAUAAAUAUGUCAUUUGGGGCUGCCGGACCGGAGGGCAGUGCCCACCAGAGUGCGCGUGGGGACUCGCUCACUACCCUCCUCCCCGCUAACUACCCUCUCUCCCUAGCCGUAGCUGGGUUUUGAUACCACGGGGUGUGGACGGAAGGGAUUUAAGCUGUUGCGAUUGAGGUUUUUUCUUCUCUUUGUACAUAAAAAUGUAUAUUUGAUGCCUCAUAAAUGCCCAGAUGUCUUUGGCGUGUGCUCA